AUGGUGCCUCCAGCGUCGCAGCCGGAGAACAAUACGACGAGCACGAUACCCGAAAAGCGGAAACGGACGAAGUAUGUCAACAAAGCGUGCAAAGAGUGCAAGCGUCGCAAGAUCAAAUGCGGCGGCCAGCAGCCAUGUGAGCGUUGCCGGCGCCAUGAACUGGAGUGCGAGUACGCUGCCGACAACGUCAAUUCGGAUAGCCAAAACAUCGAAAAGCUCCUCCAGCAGGUCCAGUCUCUGCAAUCUCGCGUUGAAAGCCUGUCAGCAAGGCGGCCGUCAACCUCACCAGAUUGGCGGCCGGAGUAUCUACCCGGACUCGCGUCUACCCCGAAUCGCGACAGGAUGCGCUCAACACAUGCCCCUUCAUUCCACGGGCCAACCACAUCAAUCUUUGAUCUAGGCAUCGCCAGGAAGAGUCUUCGGGACAGAGGAAUCACAGAGUUGGAGAGGCCCGGAGACUUCACGCAAGAGCCGACUCCUGUAGCCUCGCCGUCCAUGACACUGCACCAGGAUGAACUUCUACCGUUUUUCUCACCACCCGUGGAGCCCUUCUGGGCUAUUGGUAGGGAGGAAGCCCUUCGACUAUGCCGGGUAUACCAAGAUGAGAUGGGCACCAUGUAUCCGGUAAUAGAGCUGGAGGCGACCAUUACCCAAGUGAACAGGCUAUACGACCAUCUUGGGUCCCUAUCCUCCUCGAGGGCGCCACCAUCACCUGUACCUAUCAUCAAAGACGAAGACAUCAACAUCAUCAAGAUGGCCUUUGCAUGCGCUUUGACUGCGGAGAAGAGCGGACGCAGCGAGCUAGCCAUGAGGAUAUUUAGAAACGUGAGAGAUGCCUUGGCCAACUUGAUGUGGCGGCCCGCUGACAUCCAGACGGCAAUCAUCGUCACUCUUGUGUCUAUAUUUUUCUUCCAAAUAGACGAAGAGGCCCUGGCAUGGAGGAUGAUUGGCUUGGUGCAACGAAUGUGCAUGGAAUUAGGUUUGCACAGAGCUGAAACAUAUUCUGAAGCUGGCAUUGUCGCCCUCGGGGAACAUAAAGCUUCCAGGCUUUUCUGGUCUGUGUAUGCUCUGGAUGUGAGAUGGAGCAUGGGCACAGGAAUGCCCAACCAUCUGGACUUCAUGGACAUUGAACCCACGCUCCCUCGGCCAACUGGUGAGCCCUACCUCAAUUCUAUGAUCGACUAUUGUCGGAUUGCGCAGAAAGCGUGGAGGUUUGCCGGGGGUGCAAGUACUGAAUACGCCGUCCGAGUCGAGGAGAUGCGCUUUCUCGAUUGGCAGGCCAUGCAAUGGUAUGAAUCGAUUCCAGAACAGUUGAGGCUGCCUUUUCCCGAAUCCAUCGAGGAACGUUCGGUAAACGAUACGAACCGAAGGAUCUGGCGCUUGAAAAGUUUACUAUACCUACGCGGCAACAUGAUUAGGAUCCUAGUCCGACGACCCAUACUUCUGAGAGCAGAGCAAAUUUCUCAACAUCUCGUGGAAGCCUCUACAGUUGUGGACAUUGCCAAAGCUUCCAUACGGCACCUUAAUCACCUCAAUAAGGUGUCCGACAUAUAUAAGCUGCAACAAGUGGCCUUCAAUUGGUUCCUCGUCUCCGCACUAGCAGUUCUCUUUCUCGCCGCGGCUCAUGCCCCGGCCCAAUUCAGUACCUGCUGCAAAGAUGAGUUCAAUAUGGCUUUGGAGCUUGUAGAGGGAUUUUCGAUGGAAUCCUAUGUCUCGCGAAGACUCUGGAGGUCAAUCAGACACCUCCGGCAGCUCGCUCCCCAGAUGGGCUUCUUGAAUCAAGGGCAGGCGUCUGCGCCACAGGAGCCAGCUCCGGCCGCUAACAUGGCAGACACCCGUGAAUCUAUGGGUGCUCCCGUGUCAGGCACCCAAACAUGCUUACAAGAUGGCAACUUGCAGGUGGAUGGAGCACAGAUGAGUCGGGAACUAAUGGACAUGUAUGAGGCCAUGGGGGAAUCAGCAAACACAUUUGGAGAUCAGAACUCAUUUAAUAGCAAUCAGUGGGCAUCCAGUGAUAAUUUCAUGCUCGGAAACGGGGCAGACCUUGCUUCAAUUCUCAAGGAUUUCUUAUAG